UUUGUUGCUGAUGCAGUGAAGUCAGAGUCAGUGACUGAGGGAGAAUCAGUCUCUCUGAACUCUAGUUUCACUCAAAUACACACACAUGAAGAGAUCGAGUGGAGGUUUGGUGACUUGCUCAUAGCUAAAGUAAUUAACAAAGGGAGUGUGUUUUAUGAUACUACUGCUGCUAGGAGAUUCAGAGACAGACUGAAACUGGAUCAUCAGACUGGAUCUCUGACCAUCAUCAACAGCAGAACCACAGACUCUGGACUUUAUACAGUCUCCAGAGACACAACGAUCAACACGAUCAAUCUCACUGUCUAUGCUCGUCUGCCUGUUCCUGUCAUCAGCAGAAACUCUUCACUAAACUCUUCAUCAUCUUCAUCAUGUUCAUUGGUGUGUUCAGCUGUGAAUGUGAGUCAUGUGACUCUCUCCUGGUUCAAAGGAAACAGUGUAUUGUCCAGCAUCAGAGUGUCUGAUCUCAGCAGCCGGUCUGAUCUUCUUCUCCAUCUGGAGUGUGUGGAUGAUUCCUACAGCUGUGUGCUGAACAAUCCCAUCAGAAACCAGACUCAACACCUCAACAACACUCAGCUCUGUCACACAUGUGCUGCAGUCUCUCGGACAGUGCUGAUCUCUGCUGCUGCUGCUGCUGCUGGAUCUCUGUUGAUUGUUGCUGCUGUCGGGAUCUUCUGCAUCUGCAGGAAACACACAAACACACACAGAGAAGGCAAGUGUUUCCUGUAUGUAUAUAAUUCUCAAAAACAUGAUUUCACUGAGUGUUUGUGUCAUUAUUGUUGAAACAGAGACUCGAGCAGAAGAAAUCAUUUAUGCUGAUCCCACAUUCAACAGAAGAAACAGAAAUAAAUCGAGAGCUACAGAGGAGGAUAAUGUGGUGUACGCAGCAGUCUCGAGACGUUGAUCAGAUCUUGAUCAUUUGAAAGAUUUCCCAAUAAGUUUGAAGUUAUGCGUAAUACCGGCCUGCAUCAUAUUUGCUGAAUGACAUCUAGCACUUGUUUUUUAUUGAGCCAGAUGUUUUCUGUUACAGAUAUUAAAUUACAUUAAAUAAUUAAAUUACAUUAAAUUACAAAUAUUAUGGAAAAAUUAUAU